ACAUGGAAAUAUUUUCGACGAAAAUUUCAAACUUUAAGCGCUUUCGACAUUGUUUUCUGAUUACUGAGGAUGACUUGCAGUUAUCAAACCAUUAAUUAAUAGAGCUGACCUGAUAAAAGUAUGUAAAAACCCUGCAGUUAAAGAGAUAAAUUCUAAACUGAGAAAGAGAUCUGGUAAAAGUGCAGGUGCAAUUACUGCGGAGUUGAUCGAGAGCAGAUAGGGAUAAUGGCGGCCCAUUACGGAGAGAGCAGACGAGACGAGAAAUGGAUCUAGUUGGCGUUGUUUAGGUCACGCGUCCGAUGACAGGUCUACAACAGAAACAUCAAGAUGGCUAUCUCAAGACAUACGGUAAAAGAACCUGCGAAACUUUUCCUCAUUAUCUACGGAGAAAACAUUUCACAAAAUGAAAAACGGUUUCACCUGAGCGCGGGUCACGGCCCUGCCGAGAAAGACGCGAUUGUCAAUUAAGAUAGUCCCCGGCAAACGACAAUCGCCACAUAAUUAUCUCGCUCAUUCGUCGUGACCAAACUGAAAUUACCAUUGCAUUAGAGCGCACAGGGAGGGUUAUUGUGCAUCACAAUCAAAACUAUAUGAGCGCGAUGCUGCCGCGCCAGCGCUCAGUUUAUGCGCGCCGGGCCUGCGCGCCGUCACGCGACCCCUCUACAUAGAAAGUGAAAACACAACGAUGAAAAUGACAGUGCGACUAGUAACCUUCUGUAUAUUUACAUUAGCCUUUGCUAAUCCUAACGAUCCCACGCAAAUAGAAAAAUACGGCGAAAAAGUGAAAACGUAUAGAUUGGAAGUGCCAGGAAAGGAACCUAUUACAAUAAUUGAAACAUCGUCUGCGGAAACCGGACAUAGUAAAUGGAAAGAAAUUUCAACUGAGAAAAAGUUUGAUAAGGACGAUCGUGACGUUGAGAUGAAAAACCUUAUGACACACAUCGUUUACGAUGUUAACGAAAAUAAUCCGCGGUGUUACGGGCCAUCUUGCCAGGAAGGAUCUAACAGUGAUGAUGGACCUCAUAAGGACUCCGAUGAUUACGUGUUAGAUACGGAAAAGCUUAAAGAUUUUCGUGAUUUUUCUAAAGAUCGCCUUGAAGCUAUAACGCAGCUGGCAGCAAAAUUGAAGAAAGAAAAAUUUAAAGUUGAUCGAUACUCUUCUAUGAAUGAUGAUCAAUCAGAGGAGGACGGAAAUGGAAAGGUGUAUACAUCGUGGAAUCGUUUAAAAGUAAAACAUCAUAAACAUCCUUAUGACGAUAGAGACGGUUGGGUGACUUUGGAGCCUGUGGCGUGGUCUACUAGUAAAAUAUCAAAGUGGAAACCAAAUGUAAAAAAACAAAAACCUAAUCAUUGGAAUGACGAUCACGAUAGAUAUCCUAGUGAUGACGCUUAUUCUCCUUCAUAUCAAGGAGUGACAAAUAAUUAUAAUUUUGGUCAGAAGAAACCCACCCUUUCACGACCUGGUUUUAUUAACAAUAAGUUGCAUUCAUCUUCUGAGUACGAUUCCGAAAUGCCAUCUAAACCUACUUGGACGAGACCAGUGCAAAGUUCCUUUUCGUCAACAUGGUCUUCGGAUGAAGGUCGUCGUCCAUAUAAACCUAAUUGUGACUCCCAAGAAAGUUAUCCGGGUGACGACACAGUGUUUUACGGAAUGUCAGAUUCCGUAGUAACAGAUAAUCGCCCAGCGCACUUUCCGUAUGAUUACGAAGCUUUGCAUCAAUCGACAAUGCACCGACCAAUGCGAAGACCUACACAAGUGGUAUAUGCCGGAUCUUCAGACUUCGACAGCGAUCGAAAUGCAGUGAGGCCUCCCUACGGUGAUGGCCAAUGGGUGCUGCUAUCUACAACUAAAGGUUAUAGGAGCAAAAAACGGCAAAGGUCGUUGAAUCCAAUAGCUGAAGAUCGUCUGGACUUCUCUCCGCCUCCAAGCAUGACGUCACAUCAAGCUGUGGCUUUAACCGUGUUGCCCGUUGACAAUACGCUUACAAAUAUGACUACUUCGCAUGGAGGUUUGUUAGAGGUUGAAAAGAGUUUUCAAACUGUGGAAGAAUCGAAGAGAGAUAUGGAUAAGAAAAUUGAUCUAGGAAUGUCAGCUUCGCAGAACAAGCCUGUGUUCAGCAGAAUAUUGAAAAGGAAAGUUGUAAGAAAUGUGUUACCGGAUAGUUCAACGGUGCUAGCGGCGGUGGGGGCAGGAAUGGUGCCGGCUACCAUGGCGAUGGUAGUGCCGAUGAUGCUUGGUCGCAGAAGGCGAAGAGACGUAAACUCUGUGUAUGAAGAUAUACAUUUUGGAAAUGUAUUAUAUUGAUACCGAUAAAUAGACAAUUUGGUACUGUGAAAAAUAUAUGUAUAACUUAUGUUAUAGCAAUAGGUAGUGUAGCAUUAUUUUGUACGACUGUGAUUAUAUUUAAUUUAUUUUGUUGAAAUCUGUAUGUGUGUAACAUGAAAAGUUGUGAAGGUAUUUAUGAAUU